ACGAAUAUACACAUGUAUAACGAUAACCAUAAAUAACGAGUAAUACCCCAGCUACAACCCCUUGGACUCCUGAAGUUAAUACAUAGUACUAAUGUAUGAACACAUACGAAAAGACGGAUGCCUGCGUGUAUAUAUACGGAUUCCUUUGACCCCUGUGCGGGUUACCAAACGAAGCAAACAAACUAAGAAAGAGCGUCGGAGGAAGAGGACCACGCCUGUGCGUCGCUGCAGGGUUGUCGGGCCGUUUCCACGCCGGAGAAGAAGGGAUCGCCAGAGAAAGAUAUCCAUUGCACUGUCGCCAGACCAAACUCCUGCCACCGCCGUCGAUCGCCUGGGACGCCAACACCAUCGCAAAAUAAGGCCAAUUUCUCCGGUACCUGAGCUGUCUGCCUUCGGAAGUCCCCUGCGUUGCCGGCAUCAAGUUGCCGACCAAGGAAAUUGCUGUGAAGUUUUCCUGCACUCAUGCAGUGACAUAAGGGGUCACUUGCAGGUAUAUCAUGGCACAGAAGACGCUUAUUUUGUAACUGGGGAAGACCCUAUAUUGCGCCAAAUCCAUCUCACCUUUGAACUAAACAAACAUUCCACACUCUUCUUCCUGAAGUACGGGCGUGGGAGAGCACUUUUGCUUGCCAUUUCAUCUUGUGGUCUAGAGGACGUACCAAAACACAACAACACAUACGAGAUCAGUAGCGCUACAUGCUAUGACGGUUCUAGCUCUUCUUAGACUCGCACUCGUGUGAUGUUUUACCCGAUUUACCUACUGCUAUAACGUUUUGUUACAUCUAACUAUCCCAAACAUUUCAACUAAACUUCUUAUUCCCCUUGCUUCUGUAAUGGACAUCAUUAUCUAUGUUU